AUGAGAUCGUUUAUCCAUCUCGUCCUCGCGCUACUGCUGGCGGCCCUGCCGUCCAGUGUGCUGGCCCAAAGUUCAUCAUUGUCCGCCGCAGCUGCCCUACUGGGCACGUUGCCGGAGUGUGCGCUCGAAUGCUUGAGCGCGGGCAUCGCGGACUCGACUUGCUCGCUCACCAAUCAAACAUGCGUCUGUAGUAACACGCCGCUCCUGACGAACGUUACGCUUUGUGUUACAGAGAGUUGUACCGUCGCACAGGCUUUAUUUACGAAAAAUGUCACGGAAACCAUUUGCCAGGUCCCCGUGAGGGAUAAGCACCAACAGUCCUAUGUCUUGACGGUGGCUUUCGGAGUAAUCAGCGCGGCCGCCGUGCUGCUACGACUCGGCCAUCGAGUAGCCGUGACCCAGGUGAUGCCUAGUAUGGAUGACUGGUUCAUCCUCAUCACGUUACUGUCGGGAAUUCCCAGCACGAUUGUCAACGCCCUAUUGGUCAUACCGAGUGGAUUGGGAAGGGAUAUUUGGACUCUGACGCCAACCCAAAUUACCGAUUUUGGAAUGUACUUCUACAUCAUGGCAGUGCUGUACUUUCUACAAGUUACUCUGCUCAAGAUGUCUUUGCUGUUCUUCUACCUGAAGAUCUUUCCUGAAAAGGGCGUUCGACGACUACUCUGGGGAACCGUGAUAUUCAACACCGGCUUUGGAAUAUUCUUCGUCGUCCUUACCAUCUUCCAGUGCCAACCUGUCAGUUACUAUUGGACAAAGUGGGAUGGAGAACACUCUGGCAAAUGCCUUAGCAUCAGUGGCAUUGCCUGGGCCAAUGCCGCUGUCAGUAUUGCUCUAGAUAUCUGGAUGCUGGCUAUUCCCCUAUCUCAGUUGCGAAAACUUCACCUCCACUGGAAGAAGAAGAUUGGCGUUGCUCUAAUGUUUAUUGUCGGUACCUUUGUCACGGUCGUUAGUAUUCUGCGCCUCCAAUCGCUUGUGUUAUUCGUCGACUCGUCCAACGCCUCUUGGGAUUUCGUCGGCGUUUCAGACUGGUCCGUUAUUGAGAUUAACGUUGGUAUUAUCUGUGCCUGCAUGCCGUCCCUCAGAUUGAUUCUUGUUCGCAUCUUCCCUGCCCUGGGCGGCAGCUCAAACAGAAGCAAAAACUAUCUACAAACGGGCAGUCUCAAUUAUGCCAAGGGCCGCAGUCGAGCUGGAACCGGGGGCCAGAUGCCGUCAAAUAUACAAUACCCAGGAACGGCGGCAAAGAAGGGCAUCAUUCAGCAGAGGACGUACACUGUCCAAUACGGCGACAAUGAUGAGGAGAGCUUGGUCAAGAUGCAAGAAUUGGAUUACAAGGGACACAAGACUCAUGGGCCAACUAGCCCGAAGAGCGAAUUCUCCAUAUAG